AAGUGUUUCGGCACCAAAAACACUACAAAAAAAAUGUUGCCCGUCAAACCCCAAAGAUCCCUUAUCUCAUUAAGAUGUCGAACCCCUUUCAAUUUCAAUUAUUUAAUAAACUUAAUGUCACUUAGUUUGGGGUACGUUUCUAUCAGAGGUUAAACAACAGGAAACUGUGUAUCACUCUCUAGUCAUUCGAGAUAAGAAUAUUUCACUGAAAAUGAUCAACAUGUUUAUCAACUUUUGAAGACUAAAACUAAUUCAUUCAUCAAACUGAUGCCAACCUGUUUUUUAUAACUCAAGUUUGGAUAGAUGUGGAACACAAAGUUAUGAAUAAGAAAGCAAGGCUUGAGUAUAUUGAUUCAUCUACCCAGACACAGGAAAAUGCAAAAGAGAAAUCCUACCCUCGUGAUAUAUGCAGAAAAUCAUUAACAACAAGAAAGAAUUUGAUUCAACAUAAAUUAAAUCACUCAGUCUCCAAGCUGUACCACUGUGAAGUUUGUGGUAAAAAGUUUACUACAAAUUGUUCCUUGUCUCUCCACAAACAUAUUCAUACAGGAGAGAAACCACACUGUUGUGAUAUCUGUGGUAAAACAUUUUCUCAAAAUAGUAAUUUAUCUUCCCACAAACGUAUACAUACAGGUGAGAAACCAUAUCACUGUGAUGUCUGUGGUAAAUCAUUCUCUGUAAAUGGUAGUUUAUCUUAUCACAAACGUAUACACACAGGGGAGAAACCAUAUCAUUGUGAUAUCUGUGGUAAAACAUUCUCUCUGAAUGGUAGUUUAUCUUAUCACAAACGUAUACACACGGGAGAGUACCCAUAUCAUUGUGAUAUCUGUGGUAAAUCAUUUUCCCGGAGUGGUGGUUUGUCUUACCACAAACUCGUUCACACUGGCGAGAAACCAUACCACUGUGAUAUCUGUGGUCAAAUGUUCUCUCACAGUGGCAGUUUGUCUUCUCACAAACGUAUUCACACAGGAGAGAAACCAUAUCACUGUGAUAUCUGUGGUAGAACAUUUUCGCAGAAUGGUAGCUUGAUAUCUCACAGGCGGAUCCACACUGGAGAGAACCCGUAUUAUUGUGAUAUUUGUGGUAAAACAUUUUCUCAGAGUGGUGGCUUGUCUUACCAUAAACUUGUUCAUACAGGGAAAAAACCAUACUGCUGUGAUGUCUGUGGGAAAUCAUUUUCUCAAAAUUGUAAUUUAUCUUCUCACAAACGUAUCCACACUCGUGGGAAAGCUUGCUAUGAUGGCCUAUGAACAGUAUGAAAUGAUAAUAAAGUUAAAAUGCAAUAUGAAGUGGUGACUUUUUGAUCUGUAACAACUGCUACCUGAAGUAAAUUGUGAAAAAAGAAACAUUUUAUGGAAUAAAAUAUGGUUUUACAUGC